CUCCAACACACUGACAGGAUCCACCUUUCUUGGGACAGUGUCCCUGACUGGACCCAGAAGGUUUGAGGCUCCGUGGCCCUAUCCUUGGGAGAAGCCAGCCCCGCCAUCAUGAAAGACAUCCUCAUUGCUGGUGUCUUUGCGGCGUUUGCCAUCACAGUUAUAGACUCCCUGAGUUGUAGACAGUGUUCCUCAACCGCUGAGGGCACGGAGAGAUGCCCUGGAAAUAGUGAACCCAAAGACUGUCCCAUCAGCGAUUCAGUGCCUGAGUGGAUGAAUUGUGUGGAGACCUUGGUCAACUCCACUCUAGGAGGGUCUCAGCCUUUGUACCAGGAAAGGUCCUGCUUGGCAAGUAAUUGCGAGGAAAUAACCCAAGCAGACUUCACGGUGCGUUUGCCUGAUGCUCAACAAUAUCAGUUUGUAAGCCAGUGCUGCGAAGGAGAGGCAUGCAAAGACACAGACCCUGGACCACGGAAUCUCACCAACACCCAGUGCUCUUCUUGCUAUAGAAUUAACCAAGGAACCUGCAACGAGACAACCCAACAGUGUUUCGAAGGAGAGCAAUGUGUCCAAAUCAUUGUUCAGCGUGGAAGUGGUAAGCUAGAGUUGAAAGGCUGUUCUGAUAUCAGCAAUGCUACUUGUGAAGCCCUGGGUGGGAAAGAAAUUGGAGGAUUCACUUUCCAGACAGUUAACUGCACAAAUGCGGCAAUAAUCCCAGUCACCACCACCACCACCACGACUCCAACCAUAGUCACCACGACCCCUAGUACCAGCACAAGCCUCAAAGCUUCCUUCAUCUCCUCUGUCUUCGGCAGCCUCCUUCUUCUGAAGCUGCUAUUCUGAGGUCCCUGGGCUCUGCCCCACCCAGUGUCCCAUGGGUGUCAACGCUCUUUCUGUUCACAUACCUUCCAGUUUAGUUGCUCUGUGGGUUGGAAGUCACAGGACUCCAGGCAAUGCUAGCAGCCACAUUAUGUCCUUUAUUAAAGUGUUGUUUGACUUCUA